AUGUAUAUGCUUAUUCAUGAUGUUUUAGGUGGACAUUUCGAAGGUGAUAUAGUUAUUCCUCCAAUGGCUAGAAGUGUAGCAAUGGUAGGUGAUUAUGUACGUUGGCCAAAUGGAAUUGUACCAUAUACUAUUUCAUCAGAUUACAACACUGCAGAUCAAAAUAUAAUUAUAAAUGCUAUGCGAACAUUGGAGAGCUUAACAGCAGUUAAUAAUGUACUUUGUGUACAAUUUCGUCCGAAAAUCGCUUCAGAUGGACAAUAUUAUAUCACUAUUCAAAAUGGUAAUGGUUGUUCAUCUUAUGUGAGUAAUUUGUGA